CUUAAAAUUGUCGCAGUACGUUGCUCGAUCGAAAAAGACGUCCACCUCGUGUGUGAGGAUCGCGCGCGCGCUCAUCUGUUCCACACCUCACACUGCUGCCAAUCGGACUGGCCCCGAACGUCCAACGAGAAUUCGCCGCGCACAUAUUUUUAGUUAUUUAAGGAAAUUUUUCCGCUUGGCUUAGACAAAUUUUCACGAAACGGUGGCAUUUUCCGCGUGUUGUAAUUCGAUAUUUAAUCACUGCAGCUGUUGCAUUUGUUUUGCGUUCCGAUUGUGUUCGGUUGGUUAAUUAAGUGUCGAUCGGCGAUCGACGCGAGUGCGAUAUGAAUUAGGCUGGAUAAGGUGUUCUGCACAGUAGUAGGCGGGGGAAGAAGAGUUUGAAGUUUGAUCAAAGAUGGCCGUGCUCUUUCGACCGUGGUUCCUGUUGGCGGUCGUUGUUUUGGUGAUUGCGACGUUUGUUACUAGCGGGGAAGGAUUCCGGUUACGUGACUUCGAGGUGGAUGAUAAUCAGAGGGCAUCGGUGACGUAUGCCAAGAGGAAGAUUCAGGGUAGACGGGGAGCCUUGGAGGAGGUGAAGAAACGAGUGGUGGCCGUUCAGGACAACGACGAUGAUGAUGAGGACGGGGAUGACGAGGACGGGAUGGGGGACGACGACGAUGAGGAUGAAGAGCGAGCCGCUGAGAGCAAAUACAAGUUUGAGAGAGUGCAUAAAAGCUACAGGUUGUCUCCAGUGCAGAAGUUGAAAGUAGAGAGCAAGAAGUAUAGUUGGGAUGAGGAAGUGAAAACAAGAAAAUCAAAGUUGAGAUCGGUAGAAGUGGAUGAAAAUGAGGAUGACGAAGAUGACGAUGAUGACGAGGAAGAAGAGGAAAAAUCAAUUUUUAAUCUAUAUGGAUUGUUAGGAUCGAAGAAAAGUAAGGGAAGUGACGAAGAAGAUAAAAAGGAAAAGCCAUCAAAAGAGCAUACGAAGAAGGAUGAUGUAGAAAAUGAUGAUCAGGACGACGAUAACGAGGAUGACGAUGACGAUGAUGAUGAUGAUGAUGAUGAAGAAGAAGAUAAUAAAAGUGGAGGAUGGCUUGGAUGGCUAAAAGAGCUUACAUCUAAGGAUUCCGAAGACGAGGAUAAGACGAAACAAAUCGAAGCUGACGGAGACGAUGAUGAUGAUCAAGAGAAAAGUGGAAUAUUUGGGUGGCUGAACAAGCUAUCGGACAUAAUUGACGAUGAUGAUGAUGCCGACCACAAGAAACAUGACGACGACGAUGAUGAUGAUGAUGAAGAUAGCGAUAAAGACAGAGAAAAAGAAAACCCGUUGAUCAACUUUGUCAGUAGUCUACUGCAAACGGAUAAAGAAGAUUCCAGUGAAGACAUUAAAUUGUCUCCAGUUGGUGAGGAGGAUGAUGAAGAUGAAGACGCCUCAUCAGAGAAACAGAAACAAAAGAAACCAAAGGAUUCAAAAAUUGUGCAACUGCUUAACGCAAGCCCUUUGAAUACGUUGUUUAAAUCCGACGAACUUCCAUCGGAAGCCCCAAUCAAAACCGACCCGAAGAAGAUCAAGAAGCUGCAGCAUACACCGUCGAAGGUAGUCAAGCAGCGCAUCGAAAUCUCACCGGAGGACUUCGAAUCUCUCCUGCUCCGCAUCCCCUCUUUCGUUCCGGACUAUUCACGGUUGAAAAACAACGAAUGUCGUCGCCAGGGUCAGAUCUUCCAGCGUCAACUACGCGGCAAACGUCUCUGGGCGCUGCAGAUGAUCGACGCUAGCGCCAAGGUCACGUCCGGUCUACUCCGCGGUAACGCUAAUCAGUUGGGAGACUAUGAUCUGUGUACCGGGAUUGCCACGAAAGUUAAAGUGAAGGAGGACGAACAGGUCCGGAUGAGGGGAAAGUACUGUUUGGCUCACAUCGAUGUGGUUGCCGAAGACGAAGACCUCAAGUUACCGGUCCACCUGCUGCAGGGACGAGGCUUCAUCAAAAGCACGCUGAAUGAUCCUGAUCACUUCCUUCCUCGCUUCACGACAAUCAAUUGGGGCAUUUGCCUUCCAUCCGCCUGUAGUUAUGAAGACGCCGGUAGCAUUGUGAAAAAUUUUGUGAAACCUUACAACACUACCGGAAUAAAACUUUUCCUGGAAAUCGAAGAAGGUAACUGCCAUGUGCGUCAAAAUGCCUCAUGGACCACGUUGUUUAGGGAGAACUGGCGUUUAGUUGCUUCACUUGGCUUCUACACGUUCAUCGUAGUAGUCACCGUUGUAGCAUCCCUGAACGACUUUGGUGUCAUCAAGAUUGAACCCCAUCCGAAGACACCUACCGUGCAGACUACAGCUAACGAAAAUAACAACGAGUCCAACGUGUCCCCGCCUAACGAAGAAAUCAAUCUGCUCCAUCAAACCCUGAUGUCCUUCUCGAUUAAACGCACUCUCCGCCAAGUGCUUGGCGGCGAGGAUGAAACCCUCGCUGGCAAAGACGUCGUAGGAUGCCUGUCGGGACUUCGCGCAUUUUCCACGAUCGCCCUGUUUUGUGCCCUCCGUUUGAUUCCCAUGGGCUUCCAACCGUUCACAAAUCGAAACGAAUUCACCGAAAGCUUCAACACUCCAUGGAGUGUAGCUCUGCGAGUGUUGAUGCUCUACGCCGACGUGUACCUGGUAAUCAGCGGAUUUCUGGCUGCGUACCACAUGGUUGGCGAGUACCAACAGAAACAGAAGGUCGCUUGGUUCCGCAGAAUUGUUGGGCGCUAUCUAAGACUCACUUUGCCGCUGAUCCCGGUGCUGAUCUUCUACUCCGUCGUUUGGGAACACCUGGGCAGUGGACCACAGUGGGGAGAUGUCGUCGUCAAAAAUGCCAACUUGUGCAAACACAACUUCUGGAACAACGUCCUGUUCAUCCAGAAUUGGUACCCCGUUGAAGAAAGCUGUGCGCCGCAUACCUUCCAGCUGGCCGUUGAGAUGCAACUCGCCAUUCUGGCACCACUCCUCUUGAUCAUAUUGACAGCGAACCCGUUCUACGGCAUCGCCACGUUUGUCCUGCUGCACGGGCUUUCCACGGCGAUGCGGUUCGUAUCCACCACGGAGGACCGCCUCUCACCCUACAUCUACCACGGGAUUCGCCUAACCCAAAUCUACCGUACGGUCAAUCUGAGCUUCUCGGAAACGCUGCACCGAGCGACUCCAUAUCUUGCCGGAUUUGGGCUGGGCUACUUCUUGCGAGAAGGCAACAUCCGCAAGCAGGUUGACCGCGGUAUCCGAAUAAGCGGUUGGAUCGGGGUGAUGAUCGCCUUUGGAUGGUGCUUCAUAUCCCCUUUGAACACUUCGGAGAAGGAGUUCCAAUACGACAUUAACGAUGCAGCCCAGUACGCUGCAUUGGCACCGCUCUCCUGGGCGUUAUCCAUCUGCUGGGUUAUCUAUUUUUGCGUUACCCAUGAACACAGUUUGCUGAACCGCUUGCUCAGCUGUCGCAUCAUGACUUUCCUUAGCAAAAUCUCGUACUCGGUGUCACUGAUCCAGUUUUUGGUAUUCUUCUACUUCGCGGGAACGACCCGAGGCAGUGAGACCUUCAGUUGGUCCGGCUAUUUGAACCGCACCGAGGUAUGCUUGCUAGUUGUGGCAGGAACACUGUUGACUGUGUUGUACGACCUACCGGUUCAGAACAUUAAGUCGAUGCUUGAUCGAUCGGGUGUUUUCGAUCGAAUGGAAAAGAAAGAUACCUCCGUGGUAUUGACAACUCCGAAGGAAGACGGACAGGAUGAAGCUAGUCAAAAUGGAGUGGAGAAACCUGUGGAAAAUGGCAGUGCUGCUAGCAGCCAUGCGGAAGGUAAAAAGGAAGAAGAAAAGAAGGCCGAGGAAGAUUUUGUUAGUCCGUUUGAUGAUCGCGAUGAUGACUAUUCACCAAGACAUACGUGGAAGCGAUCAACACCCGAUCCAGAACCCAAACCUGCCACUCCUACCAAAGGGUUCUGGGACGAUCAGGAAGAAAGUGAUGCCCCGAAAUCCACAAUCAAAGCCCCUUCUCCAACAAAAUCGUCCAUGGAACAGGUAAGUGAAGAAGAGGAAGACGUGGAAGAGAUUGUGGUCGAGGAAGUCGAGGAAGAGGUGGAAGAAGAGGAGGAUGAGGAAGAAGACGAAGAGGAUAUCGACGAAGCAAAAGAAGUACUGCAUAGACCAACGGGAGCACAAUCGGCGGCAGAAGAAGAGGUUAAAGCGGAACCGGAAAGACCACAGUUUACGAUAGGCUCCACUAUAACGAGCAGAAGCUACAGCAGAAGUCCGUCCUACAGUCCGCCUUAUGUGAGACGCCAGUGGCGACGUACCUGGGACGACUAGGAAGCAAAUGAAAAGAAGCAUUGAAUUGGAUACGAAUACUCGGACAACAUAGAAAAGACACUUUCAAGUAGGAAUAAUCCGACCAAACUGACGAUAACAGUUCAAGCAACAGCUGAAUUAUGCAUUACGGUAAAUAUGUUAA